AUGAAGGCCAAGCGCCUCAUCCCUCGAGAGCCAGUGAUCACCAGCAAUCCGGAGAUCCUGGAGGAGGCCUUCUCGCGCGCCCUGGUUCCUGGUGUCAAGGUUGAGAUUCACGGUCUCCAGUCGUCGCCGGAGCUUAAUGGCAAAUCAGGUACCAUCAUGACCCUUGCCAACGAGCGGGGCCGCUGGGAAGUGGAGGUGAAGAAGGGAAGCGACACCUGGCCAGUGCAGACCCAGGCCCCUCCACCCUACGUGAAGGUUGGUGGUAAUGUUCAGUUCAUAUCCGGGCAGAAGGAUUCGGAUUGCGCAAAUGCGGGUGCGGGGAGGGUGGGGGAGAUGUUGUAA